AUGCGGUGGAUGCGCUGUGAUGCCAUAACAAAGGGAUGGCUAACCACUGCCACAGAAAAAGACAUUAGGUCAAGCGUGAAGUACGCAAAUAUAGCUAGCAAGAUUUGGAGUAAUCUUGAAGAAAGAUUCGGUAAGAAAAGUGCUUCACGAGCAUACGAGCUGAAACAAUCGCUUGCAACAAAAAGGCAAGAAGUAAUCUCUAUUUCUAGUGACUACACGGAAUUACGAUCCAUAUGGGAUGAAAUACAGUCUACAACACCCACCCUUCGUCGUGAGUGUGUUGGUUAUACGUAUAAUAUAGGUAAAAGGUUGAAUGAAUCCAAGGAUAAAGAGAGGUUCUAUAAGUUUCUCAUGGGACUUGAUAAUGAAUAUUAUACCAUCAAAACUCAGAUUUUAGCCAUGAAACCCACACCAAGCCUAAGUGCAGUUUUUCACCUGGUAGCAGAAGAUGAGCACGAACGAGCCAUCACUGCUACCAAGAAACCCACAAACAAAGUUACAGCUUUUUAA